AUGCUGCUUGCCAUGCAUCAAAUGACCCUACUGGCUUAUCUCAUGUCGGAGAGUAGCAAUGAAUUGUCUGAGGCGAUGAUAGAGUACGGCCGGGUUUUCCAGGCGCGCAUGAGAGCUGAUCCAACUCUGAGUACCGAUCAAAUCGAGGACAAUGCACGUUUUAGAUGCUACACGCAUGCAUCCAAGUUCUGGAGUGACAUGUCUUCCAUGCAAAUGGCAGUUCACCAGACUCUUCUCAAGGACUACCAGCAGUUGAAUCAUCAAGUUGCAGGUUUCUUCGAACACUAUUCCUCCGAUGUUGGUGACCAUAAAGUCAUCGGAGAUUAUGACAAAAUGUUGAGGAGGGCCGAGAUGGUAGCCGAUUUUCGCUUUCCAGCAGAUUCAGGACACGCUAGAAGCGAGGCGCCAGAGGGCGCGCACCGAAAUUCAGACUAUCGUAAGCAUGCACGAUCCAGGCCGCAAUCUGCGUGGAGACGUGGAUGCACCUACGUCCCACGCGGAGCCUGUCCGGUGUCGGGUCUCACCCAUGGGCAGAUACCUCAUCCACUCGAGAGCCCCGCUACGUACCCCGGGGUCUUUAGUCCUCGUUGGGGAGAAGCGAACGUUCAGAUAAGCCAAACUCUGCGUGAGGCCAGCACUGGUGAUCAGAGGUUCGAAACAUUGCCUACAUCUGACGGCGAUCCUGUGAUGUCGUUUGCGAAAAGGCACAGCGAUGCCCUUCGCAACUUAGAGACAGAUUUUUUAGCUCGUAUAGCCGUGGGGCUUACAAACACUAGCCUUGAUGGACUAAAGGAUGCCUAUUGCAAAGCCGAUGACUACGCUUCCGUGCUUGGACUUCAAGUGUAUGCCAACCAUCUGCUCGGCAAAGGCCAGACAGAGUUGUAUGGGUCCCUCGAACCAAACCCUCCUCGGGCGGAGGACGGAGGUGACGAAUCCGAAUCCAAAUCCGAGUCUGACGACCCUGUUUCGGACGGUUCAGCCGGUCCGAAAGAUUCUGGGCCAGGCCCAAAUGGUCCUGGCCGUAACAACCCUCGGCCACCCGGUGGUGGUUCAGGAUCUAAUUUCGCCGGUGGAGCUAGUGCUGGCGGGCACUCAAACAAUUCGGCGCGCGGCCUGGGAGGUAGUAGAAGCUCUGCCAAUGCCAAUAGCCCCCCUAGCUAUUCCAGUAGUGAAGGCCAAUAUGAAGGAAACCGACGUCUUUCUGAGGGUUUGCAAGCAAGUCUUUCGAAGCAAACGAUCUACGAAUUAUCCGACAACGAAUCACCUUCGGUAAAUUCGGAUUCGCCUUCCGUACUGAGUAGGAACUCCCUUAGUACGACCCAAACUUCCCUUGGAAGUGAUAGUGACCUUCCAAAAUCCCCAAAGGGGUCCUCUCCGGAGGUUAUUACAUCUGUGUCCUCAGAGACCGGCACCGCCAAGGUUGCGUUGAGCAAAGAUGGGAACCAGAAUCUGAGCGGUACUACUUUUGGUAUCGACAUGCCCAUGGUUUCAAAGAUUGUCGAGGGGUUGGGAUCUAGAGUGGCCCAAGCUCAAAAUUAUUUCGUUAAUCCCCUUGGGGAUACCCCAAUGGCACUAUCCACGCUUCUUGAGGACUCCGACGAAGGCCCCGAUCAAGACUCCAUAGACGACCAUAAAGUUAUUCAUACUGGUCGUAAGCACCGACAUCUCAGAAGAGUCCCACGUUUUAUCAUCUUUCAAGGCGGGAAUCUAAAGGUGUUUGGGCGCCAUAAUUCUUACACUGGGACCGGUCUUAAAGCCGGAUCCCCAUCCCAGGGCAAACAUUCUCUUCAAGGCUACCAGCGUCUUGGCUCCUCGGUAGGGCUUCCGGCUCUAUCCGCUUGUGAUGCGGUUCCUCAAUCUGCCAGCCGCUUAGGUGACCUUGGGAGCAAUGACUCCACUACUUAUGGACCCGAGAGUGGUCUAUUCCAAAAAAGUGCUUGCGUCCAAGACGCCGACACAACCCCCAAUAAAACCCAACAAAUUUCCACAACGUUACUCUAGGCUCUACUUUUCUUGUCUUUUUUCGCCCUCUCGCAGUGGUUAUCUUUCUAUUUCCCUCCCUUUCCCUAAGGACAGGCGCAUUAGGCUGAGAUUAUGAUAAACGAAAACUCAGAGACAUGGUGGUGUUGCAUCGGAUUGGAUCGAGACAGGCGGAGGGGCGCUUUUUAUUAGCUAACUUUAUUCUUUGUGAUCUUGGAGCUUGUUUGCUGGGGGUAGUUUGAAUGCUGGGGUUUCUUGGUGUGUAGACUAGACUUAGUGGAUUAAGUUCCAAUCCUUUUA